GUCAGCUGACCGAGGCGGCGGCGGCGGCGGCGGCGGCCUCGCGGGGACAGCAGUCGGCGUCGCAGGCUCCGGCGCCGAGGUCCCGGGCACGUCCGCUCCUGGUGGGCGAGGCGGGGCCCGCGAAGCACCAUGGCGACCACCGUCAGCACGCAGCGCGGGCCGGUGUACGUUGGUGAGCUCCCGCAGGACUUCCUCCGCAUCACACCCACGGCUGCGCAGCAGCAGGUACAGCUGGACGCACAGGCAGCCCAGCAGCUGCAGUAUGGAGGAGCGGUGGGCACAGUGGGCCGCCUCAGCAUCACCGUGGUGCAGGCCAAGCUGGCAAAGAAUUAUGGCAUGACCCGCAUGGACCCGUACUGCCGACUGCGUCUGGGCUAUGCGGUAUAUGAGACCCCCACUGCCCACAAUGGUGCCAAGAAUCCUCGCUGGAAUAAAGUCAUCCAGUGCACAGUGCCCCCAGGCGUGGAUUCCUUCUACCUGGAGAUCUUUGAUGAGCGGGCCUUCUCCAUGGAUGAUCGCAUUGCCUGGACCCACGUCACCAUUCCCGAGUCCCUGAAGCAGGGCAAGGUGGAGGACGAGUGGUACAGCCUGAGUGGCCGGCAGGGUGAUGACAAGGAGGGCAUGAUCAACCUGGUCAUGUCCUACACGUCGCUGCCAGCCACCGUGAUGAUGCCGCCUCAGCCUGUGGUCCUGAUGCCCACCGUGUACCAGCAAGGCGUAGGCUACGUGCCCAUCACAGGUGUACCUGCAGUGUGCAGCCCCGGUGUGGUGCCCGUGGCCCUGCCCCCAGCUGCCGUGAGCACCCAGCCCCGCUGCAGUGAGGAGGAUCUCAAAGCCAUCCAGGACAUGUUCCCCAACAUGGACCGGGAGGUGAUCCGCUCCGUGCUGGAAGCCCAGAGAGGGGACAGGGACGCAGCCAUCAACUCCCUGCUCCAGAUGGGUGAAGAGUCCUAGAGCCCCGGCCGCCACAUCACCUCGGCCCUCCCGACUUGCUGGCCCGGCCCCCUCCCCCCAUUCCCGUGAAGGAGCCCCGUGUAGCCUUUUCUUGGACGUCUGUAGUCCCAGUCCUCACCCUCGUUUGGGAUGCAUGUGGGUUGUCGCUUCCUGACCAUGGAGCGCCACCAUCACUCGGGUGUGGGUGUGAGUGGCUCUCCUCCUGGCUUCGCUGGGAGAAGAGCGGGCACAUGGGCCACGUCCCGCGUACGCACACUUGCCUGCCUGCUGCUUGGAGACAUGUUUGUUCGAGUGCCGUGUGCUUCUCCGCCGCACGCUGUCCCAAGAACGCUUUCUAUGAGCAGCCUGCCUCUGCCAGCGCUUUAGAAAGCGUUGCGCAUCCUCCAGGUUUGAUUAAUGGCAUGCAGUUAUUUUACUUAACCGGAGUAAUCUAUUCUUUCAGGCACGUAGAGCAUUUAACACCUAAUUUGGGGUUAUUUUUACAGCUCUCAAACUUAAAUUCAUGUUUUUCUUUUGACGCUCCUUGUUUGCAGUCCUGGGCUGCUCAUUGGUAUCCCAGGCGGGCUGACCUCUGUGUCAGCAUGGCUGCAGAAUGCACCAGAUCCAGGGUGGGCCGAGCCUGGCAGCCCACCUCCCCCCCCCUGCGGGCUCUGGAGCAGGGCCAUCCCAGGCCCCAGGGACCCCAUUAUGCCUUUUCCUGCUGUGUCUCAUGCCAACUUUGUGGGGUGUUACUCGAGGGCUUGCUGCUCCUCUUUCUGACCAGCUCUUGGAACAGAACCUAAAGAGUGGGUGUAAGAGCUGGUAGGUCCAGUGCUUUGUAUCUGUUUAUUAAAGGGUACUUAGGAACCGUUGGCUACUACUGAUGUUAAUUUAACUAAACGUACCAGUCCUGGGAAUUCACUGUGGAUGAAAGAAGUAAUGAUCUGGUGAACGUUUCAGUUUUCCCAGGAGAUAGGUGUGUGUGCUGCGCCGUGGGCUGCGUGGCGGCCAUGGCCACAGGACUGGGACAGGUGGGGGGACACCUUGUAAAAAUCAGCAACAUAAGAGGUUUGUCAAGUGCUGCUUCCAGCCCGCACAUGGGCACCACACACUUGCCUUUGGAGAGGGAGUCUUAGCGCCAUGGGCACCAUUGGCCCCACCGGCGUGACUCUGCGAGGGGUCAGCAUGAGGGCUGGACUCCCAUUUCGCCUCCCCCCCCCCCCCACUGCACACGGGGGUUUCCUGUUGGUCAGAGGACGCUGUUGCUGCUGCUGCCGCCGCUACUGCCGCCACCGCCAGCAAAUGCGUAUCAGGAGCCUGAAGGAACAUGUGCCUGCUGCAGUGACCACACCAGGCCAGGGUUCUCAGUGAAGACUUGCUGCCAGUCAGUGGUUCCCACCACUUGCUUGGACAUGUGAGCCCUGCUUUCUCGUGGAGCAUGGGUUCCCAUUUCAGACAGUUGGGGCCCACGAUGCACAUUUCUCCCCAAAUGGGUGAAAGCAUUGGGUGGGCCUGCAGCUCUGCCCUUUGGGGACGACCUUCACGGACGACACCACAGGACUCCAGGUCCAGGGGCCCAGUCCCAUCGCUGGGACAUCUGGCUGUGCCGUGGAAGUGCUCCUUGGGACGUGCUCCUUGGGACAGGCAUUGGGCCUCAGCGGGCAGGACAGACUCUGAACCUGCCACUUGGGCUCCCCUUCCUCGUGAACACUGCCUGUGACCUCAGCCCACAGUCUGCAAGGUCUUCCCUGGUUGCAUCAGGCCCUCCUUUCUUGUUCGCGUCCUGCUUCUGGGUUCGUGGCCUAUGGCAGCCUGCCAUUCUGGGGGAGGGGGGCCGCACUGCAGGUCCUCCGAGGCAGGCGCAGGACGGGCUGAUGACAUAGCUGCGGCGUGGCCACGAUGGAUGCCGUGCACCAGGGCGGCUGCUGGUGUUUGGGUACCUGUGCCUCGUGGCCCCGUACAUGGCCAGGUGGCUAACCCUGGGACCCUGGGGGGCUGGCUGCUGGUGUUUCCUCCAGAUGCAGCCCCCCCCUUCCCCCACUGAGAGCGAGGACAGAGCAUAGGCUUGUGCCCUUAGUGUGUGCCGGGGAUGGGGAUUCCUCCCAUGUCCGGCAUCCCUGAAGGUACCCCUCCCCUUACCGACAACCCUCUGGUGGCAGCUCUGUGCCCUGGUGGGAAUGAUUCUCAGAGCUCUGUGUUUCUGAUGCUUCGGUCGGGGUCCAGCGUCCAGAUUGAUCUUUGAUUGUAAAGUAUAUUUUUGCUUUUCAGCCUUCUAAUUUAAUACAUGAUAUCUAUAAAAGUAGAAGAUUAAACUUCUCCAAUGAAACUUCA